AUGUCUUUCUUCUCAAAAGUGGAGGGUAUGUUCAAGGAUGACAAGAAGGAAGGCCAGCCAGGACAACCAGAUGGGCAACGUGGUUUCGAGCAACAGCAAUAUGGCUACCAACAACCGCAGCAACAAGGAUAUGCACCACCUCAAUCUCAAUACAACACCUACCCCCAACAGUACAACACUCCUCCACCAGCCCAACAAUACGGCGCCCCUCCACCACAACAAUACGGCGCCCCUCCACCACAACAGUACGGCGCCCCUGCGGGCCCACCUCCACCUCCACCUCCCCAGCUUCCUCAAGGCUGGAUGCCACUUUGGGAUCCUGCUGGUCAAAGAUGGGCAUACCUUGAACUUUCAGUGAGCAAAGUAAUCUGGACAUUGCCAACUGGUCCCUCAUAUCCGCCACAAGGCGGAUACCCGCCCCAGCAAGGAGGAGCAUUCCCGCCACAAGGAGCACCAGCAUAUGGUGCUGGACAAGAUACUAGAGGCUAUGGUGGCGGGCCUGGUGGCCUUGAUCAAGGAAAGCCGGCCAAGGACAACUCGAAGAAGAAUAUGAUGCUAGGAGCUGCUGCAGGUGUCGCAGUAGGUGCAGUGGGGGCAGGUUUGAUUGCAAAUGCUAUGGCUCCCGUCUUCCAUUUCACAGCCCACUCAACCCAACCAAAUCCUCGUUUUCAUCCAACACCUCCUCCAACCCCACAGAAUCCUGAUUUCCUGCUCCCAAUACGUCCCUACCAUUGCCUUCACCGCCUCCUAAUAUCACUCCUUCCACAUCCCACGGCCACUGCUAGAGAUCAACUGGCUGGCAAUGCCGCCCAACCGCCAACGCCCCCCAGAUCACCAUUUCCCACUAGGGGCCGGCCCCGAAAGCACUCAGCAUUCGGCCCUGCUGCCACCGUAGCUGGUGUUAUUGCAGGAAGUAUCGUAGGCUGGUUGUCUGUUCGCCGUCUUAACAACAACGAUGAAGUUGAGAUGCCUCUAAUAUCUAGAUUGCGAAGCGGCUCUGAUCCAGAUGAUGGUGACGGACUUUACAUAUCUGGAGAUAGGAAGCCAAAUAGGACGAGGAAAGGCGCUGAAGAACUCGGUAUAGCCAGCGAGGAGGUGAAACCUGGGGAAGGUUAA